AUGACACUUACGACUGAUCAUAGAGUGCGAGAAUCCAUCUAUGAAGCAAAUUUCCUUCUAUUGGUAGGUAGCAUAUCGCUGAGUACCUUUCAAGCAAGAGUAAUGGUUUUUUGUGGAGCAAAGGACUGCCGAAGGGAGCUGAAAAGAUUAAACAAAGCAGCAGCACAUCAGUUCAAGGCCUUAAGUAGUUACAGAGGCAUUAACUUCAUGGAUAUUCAAUAUGAAAGUUUUGGAAUCCAUGAUCUUCCUCUCUCAGCUGCGGUUGAGACCUUCACCAACCUCAUGUGGCCUCAAGGAAACCCUCAUCUCUGUGAGACAUUGAAGUGUAUGAGCUUGAAGAUCAAUGGUCUUUCCCAGCAUUACGUUUCAGAUGCUGAAAACAUGAAGAGUUGUAGUCAUAUACGAUUCAAGAAGUACAAAGCUUCUUCAAACAACAAAGACGCUGAUCCUCCAUCAGCUCACACUGAUAAAAACACCUUAACCUUUUUGUGCGAAAAUGGAGUCCAAGGUUUGCAGGUGCUAACCAAAACAGGCAAAUGGAUUGAAAUAGAGAUACCCCAAGAUGGCUUUGUGGUUAUGGUUGGUGAUACACUGAAGGCAUGGAGCAAUGGGAGGCUUCAUGCAGCCUCGCACAUAGUGGUGCUGAGUGGAGACAAAGAGAGGUAUACUCGUUUUGGAAUUUUUAUGGUACCAAAGGAUAAGAUGGAUGUUGAACCUAGUGAGGCGGAUUUUCUUGGGAGUUGA